GCACCUGAGCAGGAGUCCAGCCCCUCCUCACGGUGCACCUACAGACCUUUAUCCUUGAAAUCCACCAGGAAGAACGAGGGCAGACCGUGGAAACUCCGACUAAUUUAUCUGCAGUGUUAUUUCAUUUCAAUUGCCUGUAUCUUAGGAACUGGAAUAUUGGGAUUGCCCGGUACAGUGGCACAUGCUGGACUGCAACCUUUUUUGGUCUCAUUCAUAACCGGAUUUUUUAUGCAGGUGCUGUUGAUUUAUCUUUUUGUUGACCUAUUGCAACGAUGUCAUUUGGCUCAGGUCGAGGCUACAAAGCAUUUUAUGGUGGAAAGAAUCCAAAUGCAAGAUGUUGGUGAUCACGAUCCAGUUCCACAUUCCAUAGAAGAAGAAGAGGAGGAGGAAGAAGAAACUGAGGAUGCAGAUCAUGUUUUAUUGCACCAGACUAAUGGACUUGAUCCUUCUGAGAAGGAACACAUGCCAAACCUGCACAUCCUGGGGGUCCUUUUCCUGAACAAGUACCUGAGUAGCAUUUUCAAUGUUCUCCUCAUCCUACAAUUGCAUAUAUAUGUCAUUCCAUUCUUCACAUGGAUUUUGUCCUUGGGAAUUAUUUUGGCUCAAGUGAUUAUACAACCAAUCACAUCCAUUUUGACACUGGCAAAAGGAACCCUGUUAAUCAUCACAGUAAUGGUGACUUUUGUUGUGGGCUCUGAGAUCCAUCAAGAAAUAAGCAAUGAUUUCUCCUGCAUUGGAACACCCUUUCUAAUGGGUACUGUUGCACUUGGAGGCAUUGUAAAUGUAAUGCCAAUGUUAUUUUCUGAAAUUUCACAAAACAGAUCUCAGGUAUUGUGGUUUCGCAGAGCUGUCACUGGAGGCCUCGCUACUUGUGCUGUGCUGAAUAUUUUCUGGUGUUGGGCUGUAUUGAAUAUUGUUCCCCAGACAUCUGUGCGCAAGAUUCUAUAUGACAAACAUCUGAACAUCAGUGUACCUGUUAUACAUCAGGUGGUACCUGGCUACAUAAUUGUCUACUCUAAUAUAUCUUUGGAAGCAUCAGAAAAGGCAGGGGAAAUAGCCACAGUUCCACUUACAAAAAUUAUAAUGGAACAAUACAGAAAAUUUGCCUGGGUGGCCUGGUUUACAGAGAUUUUUAUUACUGUCAGCAUUACUGUUUCUUUUUUGGUCCUUGGAUCUGCAAUGAAGCAUACAUUGCAAGGUUGGGUGGAUUCUUUCUGGAACAGAAAAUGUGAGAAUACUUCUGAACAGUGUGAAAAGUCAUGUUUGCAACUAUUUAAGAUUAAAAGUUUAAAAAGUGUGACUCAAGGAUUAGUUUGUCUUCUGGGAUUCGGUAUUAUUUUUGUGGUUGCUCUGUCAAAUCCAAAGGGGUUUGUUGUUGUGCUUGACAAAGUGGCCUCAUUUGCUUUAAAUCUUGAAGCUGGCCUGUUCAUUUUUCUAAUGGUGCGAAAUGCUCGAUCGGAGCCUUAUAAACAUAUAACGGUGCCUUUGCCUGUGAGUCCAAGGAUCUUUUUGUUACAUUGGCUGCUCCCAGUGUAUUUCUUAUUUGCUGUGGGAUAUGACAUCUGUCAAUCUUUGACUUUGCUAGCUCAAGGUUGGCAUCCGCUGUCUAGUAAUGGUACAGUGUGAAACUUCAACAAAUGCCUGAAAAUGGAAAUGUAUAAGUUAGUUAUAGGUGCCUGGAUUUAAAAAAAAUGAAUAUCAGGUAUUUUGUCUAAUUAUUCCAUUAAUGUAUAUGUGAUAAUAAUGUGCUCUAGAAAAGCGCAACAACAAUAUUCUAUUUAAGUUAGGAAUAAUGUAAUACUGGCAAUUUGCUUUUAAUAUUUAGUCUUCACUGCAUUAUUUACAAUUGAUUGUAAAGGACAAAUUGAUUUAUAAUCUGUAAAAUUACUUGCAAGAGUUAUUUGCCAGCUGUAUUGAGGA